GCCGGUUUCAGAAGCAGCAGCAGCAGCAGCGAGGAACAUCUCCACCGCGCGCCUUGACGAAUGGCCCAGCCGGACGGGGAAGCGCUCCCGGGCGCCCUGGAUAAAGAAGAGGCGCGCUCGGGCGCCAGCACGCCCUCCACACCCUCCGUCUGCUCCCCGCCGUCCUCCGCCUCCUCCUCCUUGCCGUCGGGGACCAAGAACGUCUGCUCCAGUUGCGGCCUGGAGAUUGUGGACCGGUACCUGCUCAAGGUGAACAACCUCACUUGGCACGUGCGUUGCCUGGAAUGCUCUGUGUGCCGGACCUCGCUUCGCCAGCAAAACAGCUGCUACGUCAAGAACAAAGAAAUCUUUUGCAAAAUGGACUAUUUCAGUCGGUUUGGUACAAAAUGCGCCCGUUGUGGGAGGCAGAUCUAUGCCAGCGACUGGGUCAGGAGAGCCCGCGGCAACGCCUACCACCUGGCCUGCUUUGCUUGCUUCUCCUGCAAACGGCAGCUGUCCACUGGAGAGGAGUUUGGCCUAGUGGAGGAGAAAGUCCUGUGCCGGAUUCACUAUGACACCAUGAUCGAGAACCUCAAGCGCGCAGCAGAGAAUGGCAAUGGCAUUACACUGGAAGGGGCGGUCCCAUCUGAGCAAGACAGCCAGCCAAAGCCAGCAAAGAGAGCGCGGACAUCCUUCACAGCAGAGCAGCUACAGGUCAUGCAAGCACAAUUCGCUCAGGACAACAACCCAGAUGCGCAGACCCUUCAAAAGCUGGCAGACAUGACAGGGCUGAGCAGGAGAGUGAUUCAGGUCUGGUUUCAGAACUGCAGAGCGCGCCAUAAAAAGCACACGCCCCAACACACGGUGCCCCCAUCUGGAGGCUCCCAGUCCCGCAUCCCUUCGGUGUUGCCUGACGACAUCCACUAUUCCCCCUUCAGCACUCCUGAGCGGGCCAGGAUGGUGACGCUCCACAGCUACAUAGAAAGUCAGGUACAGUGUGGACAGAUGCAUUGCCGCCUCCCUUAUGCUGCCCCUCCUGUGCACCUCAAAGCUGACAUGGAAGGACCCCUAUCGAGUCGGGGGGAGAAGGUAAUCUUGUUCCAGUACUGACUGCUCCUGCUCUUCCUGACCUCCCAGGGAUGCUUGCGGUGGUGGCAUUGCCUCUGAAUCAUACACACCAGCCAGUCCACAGCAACUGCAGACCCUCAUGCUGCGGUAACCCACCCGUGGUGGCACUCCUGAUCCCCUUCCACGAAUCCGGCACCUGAAUCUCUACAACUCUGCAGCACAUUCCCGCGGACCGCUGAGCCCCUGACUUCCUUUCCUUGUGGAACCGUUUGGCUUUCAAAGACUCCAAGGCAUGGCAGAGGCAACCAAGGACUUCAGUUCAGCAGUUUUAACAGCAUGCACUGUGGACUUGUAUCUUUCAAAUGCUUUACAACCAUUUGGUCUUUGACCUUCCCUGUAGGGAACAUGCCCACCUACUCCUUUGACAGGCAGGGGGUCUUCAGCUCUGGACACAAAAUGGGCUAUCUGUGCCAGGAGAGUUUCAUCCAAGCGCCACACACACUUCCAACCCAGUCACCACCCAGCAUCAGGGAGUGUGUGCGUUUGUGGAAUCAAAACCUUCCUAAUUCCUAGGAGCCACAACCAAGUUGUCAGGGUCUAGGUCCCAGCACAGAACUGAGAAAAUAAUUGACUAUUCCUUGGUGUCAGCACCAAACUUUUAACAGCUGGCAAUGACCAGGUGCCUGGGAUUCUUAGUGUUGCAAAAACUAUUGAUUUGUUUACCACUUGUGGGGCAUUGGCCAAAGUGCAGUACACUACAGAAAUAAACGGUGAUGAUGAUGAAUGAAACCUGGAAUUUCAACUUGACAUCCCCUCCCCUAUACAAAGCACCGUACUGUCUACUCUGACUGGCAGCAGCUCUCCAAGGUCUCAAGCUCUGCUUCACCAUAAAUAGAUGGCUGCCGGAUAAUACAUUGGUGCCAGUGUAAACUAGCCCUCUGUCAAAAAUAUUCACUGCCCUCCUGUAGAUCUACCCCCCCUUUUUAUCAUCCAUCCAAAAUGUAUGCAGUGCCACAGCCACUCCUUGGGAACAAGUCCAUGAGGAAUUACUUACCACCCCUCCGUUAGGAUUGUUCCCUUAGCCUCCUUCCCCGAGGACUGAUUCUCCUGGGAAGCUGGCUCAAAAGGCAAAGGCACAGGUUUCCCUGUCACUGCAGCGUUGCCAAGCUGGGUUGGUCCACAAUUUCAGUGGUUUUGAUCUCUGUGGUUGAGGCUUUUACCAAUACUCAUAGCAGUGGGAGUUGGGAGCAGGGGCCAGCUCAGACUAGCUUCUUAAAGGUAAAAAUGGGGGUGCCCGGGGGUGGGGUAGGGACGUGUCCUCCUUUUCCGGAAUGGUUCCCGAGUUUCUGGUUGAGGGCUGCAGUACUAUUUGGGCAUGGCUGGAGCAGCUGUCUCCAUGGCUGCCUUGCACCCAGAAGCCACAGAUUUGCUGUUGGGGAUGCAGGAAUGCACAAGAUCUUUGUCUCCUCUGCUGGGAGGAAGUAUUGCCACUUGGUACUCUGCUCAUGUGCCUUUGAAACCAAACACGAACACAUUACUCAAUGUGGUAACUGAGGGAAAAGGGACUGACGGUACAACUCAGUCCUAAGCACCCUUCCUCAGAAGCUCAACAGAGCUCUGCACUCUCCAGUGUGCAGAAAGUUGCAAUCUUAAGAAUGGAUGCAGACCAGGCACACACAGCAGCAGGCCUUCCUAGGAUUCCCCAUAGCUGCUAUUAAAGGUAAAAGCAGCUGCAAAGAUGCAGACUGGAUCAGGCCCAUGGUGCUGGGCGAGCUCUUUUUUUCCCUCAUAAAAAAAAACCAGCCUGCAUUUUCUCAAUUUAAAUUGUCCCUCCCCCAAAGCUGCUUUUGCUUAUAGUGGAAAACAUGCAGGCACACUAUGAGUGUGAGGACUUGCCCAGUGCAGCAGAAUGGACAGUUGCAAUCAACUAUUAUAUCUAAAGUGAGAAUUGUAAUCUCUCUCUCUCCCCCCCUCCCCCCUCCCCGCCAAUCCUAUUCCUCAUCUCUGCAGGAAGCCUUAGGCUGUGUUCCUUGCAAAUCUCAGGAAGCAGCCAGGACUAGCUUUUUAAAUGAGAAAUCUUUUGGCUCUGCCGUGCAAAAACUGGAAACAAUUCAUGAUUAGUUAAACGAUGUCUAUGGAAAAUAAACGACUGUCCUGAGAAUGUAACACAUCCCCUAAUUAUUUUAGUUCACUAACUCUCGUUGGCCAAUGUGUUUACACUGACUGAUGGUGCUGAAAAAAGUCUUAUGCCGGGUCCAAACAAACAAAUCUGAGUAAAGAUGCUCUUUGCAUUUAGCUUGCUGACUCUGUAGUUGUCAAGAGUUUUACAGGGCAAGAAAGCCAAUGUUCCAACCCUGAUCCAACAGUUGAUACGCAUGCAGUGGCUUUGAGGUUUGUACAUGAAGCUCCAUGUACGCUGCAGCUGCUCCAUUCGUUUCACUGUCCCAUUGAACUGAACAGGCAAGCCCUCUGCUCCCAUGGAACUCAGCAUGAUCACUGGAAGCCCUCUGGUGCUUUGGACUAUGGGGCAGCUACACUUUUGUAAGAUAUUUACCAAACUGGUUCCUGACUGUGCCUCUCUUCUGCCAAAUCUUUUGGACUAAAAUUAAUUGGAAGUCUUUUGAAAUACUUGAAUUUGAAACAUGGGUGCUAAAAUGUUAUGUACUUUCUUGCCCACCCCAGAGCCAGUGAGUUAAGUCCCCACUAGACUGGCCAAUGAUCCUAUUUUAACGGACAGUGGCCUAGAUGGGGCUGGCUGCACUUCAUACAAAGACAAAACUUGGUAUUGAGCAUGGAACCCAGCUUUGUUUUUUUAAAAAAGAUAUAUAAAGUUUCUAGCCCUUAAGGCUAUAAAUGUGGAUUAUCUGGCAGAACAUUAGAAGGCAGGGCACAUAUUUGGAAUGCUUCCCAGGAAGUAAGGAAGGCAAGACUUUCAUGCAUAGCCCUCCCCGCCCCCCUCCUUGGCAAAACCAGAAUGAAUCAGGCAAAUUAUGCUUGAUUUGCAUAACUGAUGCAGGUUGAACCUGACAUGGCUUCUUCAGAAGCUGGAGCUAUGUCCCCUCCCUCCCUCCUUUCUUUCUUGCUUUGAUUAGCUUCACACUCCAGAACAAGGAGUGCCUAGGACUGUGGUGUAAACUGGGCAACAGGGGCUUCGGACACCAGUGAUACCAGAUAAAAGGGAGGUCUUGCAAGGUGAUGCCAGCUGCAGAAACUCAGCCAAGUUUUUCUUGAAAAAGAAGCAGAUUGUUUUGUUUGU